AUGGGCACCUUUCUGGGUUCGCCGUACGUCUCGAUGAAGAAGCUAGUCAAUACGACUCAACCAGAACUAUCGUCAUCACAACGGCCUCAGCUGUCUGCGUUGCCUCUUCCACCAGCAGCAGCAUCCGGUUACAACUCUCCGACUGGAAGACCCAAAUCUGUGGCGCGCUCACUCUCCUCCCUUUCUCUGGAUCGUGCGGAAGAGCUGAUGCAACCGCCAAGUAAAGUUCCGCAUUCCGCCAACUACGUCACAGUCACUGAACUGCGCAGGCGAGCCCUUCUGAAGUCAAUGUCGGCUGCUCACCAGUCGUCGCAUUCUCCGCGCGCCACCUCAGCUUGUGAUCCGGACCGGAAGUCUCGCCUGUCGGCUAACCUCCCCGAUCUCGAGAGCGUCAGUCUGCGACAUUCUAUCAGCCUGCGCGGUGGAUUAAAUUUCACUCCCAAGGCCUCCGCCGAAUACGAGACAGACCGAACACCCGAAAAUGAAACUGCCAUUGAGGCCUCCUACAUUUCGCCAUCAUUACUUUCACCCAUUCUUAAAAAAGGUCAGUUCCCCCUCCUUCUGAAUUCCUUAACGCAUCUGAAAGUUUGUGGCUUUGGUGGCUGUUGUGUGGCUAUGAUCAAUAAAUAUGUAGCUGUGCGGGUAAGAGGGUUAUCGCUCGGUCUCAGCAUAGAAAGGACAGACAGGGAGAGUCUUAUAUCCUUUUCUGAACAUCAUUUUUCACGCACGCCAGAAAUCAUGCCAAAUAUGGCGUAUGUGUUUGUUGGUGCGCAGACAUACAGCAGGAGAUAA